AUGCUCAUGACGGUUGCCAAGUACUGCGAUGCAACCUGUUGCAAGGGCUCGCCACCUAGUUCUUCAACAGUUGAUUCGGAUCUCUUGUACCAGUCAUCAAAGAAGUUCAUUUUCCCUAAUGGACUAGCGCUGGUCGAUGAGUUAUCUUUAUUGUCUGAUUUCUUAAUCGAAAUGCAAGACUUCUUUGACGCGCAUUUCCUUAUGGUCUCAAACAAAGAACUUUUCAAACAUUGGAUAUUGGUGGAGUUUCUGACUCGAAACGGGGACAGCAUUUCCCCGUCAUCUUCUGUAGCGCUCCGUCGGCAACCAUUUUGGAUUCCAAUAGCUCACACCUGUGCAGACAAGGCCCAUUUGGCGCCCUCGCGGCUUGCAGCGCGUCCGCUGACCCCCGCUGGCCCUGCAUAUUUACUAUCCAUUUAUGUGGCUUUAACAUGUUCCGUGUUCUGCUCUGCUAUGUCAAAUAUGAAGCGCGACAGGUGGAAUGGGAGACAAUCGAAGGAGACGGAGGAAGAAAUAUGA